AUGUCAGCUAUUAUAACUAAAAUUAUUGGAAAAUACAAUCUUAGCUCCAAUAUGAGUAAUUGUAAAAUAGUUAUAGCAUCAUCUCUAAAAAAUCUAGAAGAAGAAAUUAUCAGAGAGAUAGCAAAAUAA